AUGAAGAAUUUUUUCAUAUUUCUUGUUGUGAUCUCAGUUGUUGGUGACGUAGAAAAUGCUUUGCUGAGGGCCGAUGAUACUAUUUGCAAAACCGGUCAUAAGCAGUCGCCAAUCGACAUCACGAAUGUUGUUGAAGCCCCAGCAAGCGAGGUCACACCCUGGGACAUCCCUAACCCGGAAAAGACCUACCACACCUUGCACUACAUCGCCUAUGAUAGAGUGAAAUUCGCCUCUAUGGAUUUCAAUUUUCAAAGAGAUGACGCUAUAGCACAGCACUUUGAAAAUGCCCAAUUCAAAUGGCCAAGCGAGCAUACUAUAAAUGGCACUCAGUAUCCUCUUGAAAUUGUCAUGGUGUUCCAAAACUUCGGCGGACCCGAAAUGAAAACCGUCAUCUUCGCCGAGAUUGGAAAGCCGAAUUGCGAGCUGCAAAAAUAUGUUGACGAAUUAUCCGACAUUGUCUCUUAUACAAAAUGUGUAACCCACAUUCGUCUCUUCAAACAAAUUGUUGCUAAAAACUUUUGA